ACUCGGGAAAGUUGACACAAUGGUCGUUGUGCUACCUCGUAGCGUAUGCGCGAACUUGUCAGAUCCUAACCUCUUUCCAAAACAAAAUACCCUCCCAUCUCGUACAAAGUACGAUUUAUUUCAUACGACCUCUGAUACCACUGAUAACACCUGGCAAUGCCCCUCACAAGUCUUCCUCUAGUCUCCAAGCUGUCAAACAAAGUCAUCAGGAUAUUGGGAUGUAAUCCUGGUGUCAUGACACUCCAAGGGACCAAUACCUACCUGGUGGGCACUGGCACAAGUCGAAUUUUAAUCGACACAGGAGACCACCACACGUCCCCAGAGUACACAAAGCUCUUGAAGUCAGUCCUGGACGAGGAAAAAACGACAAUCUCCCAUCUUCUCAUCACCCACUGGCACCACGACCACAUAGGAGGUGCCAAGAGUGUUCAGGAACUGAUAAAAUCAUCGUCGAACCCGGUUCCCCUCGUCUGGAAGUUGCCACGAUCUCCAGGAGAUCAACACCCUGAAGAAUACGACGUGGAGGUGAACCCUUUGAAGGACGAGCAGUCGUUUGAGGUCGAUGGAGCUAGGCUCACUGUUAAACACACCCCAGGGCACACCACAGACCACGCAUGUCUCGUCCUUCAGGAGGACAACGUUCUUUUCAGUGGAGAUUGCAUUCUGGGAGAGACCACAGCUGUUUUCGAAGACCUCAAGGAUUACUUGGCGUCUCUUGAUAAAAUUUUGAGGCUGGGAAAUUCGGUAAUUUAUCCUGGACAUGGACCAGUGGUGGAGGAUCCAGCCCCAAAGAUUCUUUAUUAUAUUGAGCACAGGAGGAAGAGGGAGGAGGCGAUAAUUCAGGUGCUGAGGGAUCAAGGAAAGCCCCUGGAUGAGCUGGCGAUUGUCUCGAUUAUUUAUCAAGACACACCUGAAGAUCUCUGGCCAGCCGCCGCUGUUAAUGUUGGACAUCAUCUGGAGAAGCUCCUGAAGGAGGAGAAGGUAAUCAGGGAGGGGGAUGGAAGUUGGGUGAUUAGGUCUUGAUGAUUUUUGAAGUCAAUUCUUCAUCUCCUAAUCACUGACCUUCGGUUUUAAUUGAAAUAAAUCCAAAGACUCUCGCUGUGAAACAUUUAUUCAAUUCAUUACGAACAAAUUCCUGAUACAUGCUCCUCAUUUACUCCAACUCCUCAUUAAUAACGAAAGAAACAAUAUUUUAAGGCAACUUCACACCUUAAUUACUCAAUGAUGUGCGCAGAGCGUUACACAAAUAGCAAUUUUCAAUGACAUUGUAAAUCAUCAAAUCUUAUGCAUUACAUAUUCACGAAUUACUGUAGACAAUUUUCAUAAUUUUGCAGGCACAAAUAUUUAUACACAAUAUCAUUACGAGUGUCGAGUGGAAUGAGGAGAUCAACAUUUAAUAAAUAUAUACGACGUCAGUCAAUUGAAAAAAAAAAAAUAACCACAAUUUAGCUUUCCAUUUUUUGAUAAUUAUGAUCAAUCGUCAAAAGUUAGAAAUUGUCAACUCAUCCCCUCAGUUCACCCAACAGCGAAUUAAUUACCGCAUACAAAUAUAAUUUGAUUAUGUUUUGCCCUCUAUCAUCAGGGCGUCUUAAAAAAUGUUUUCCAUUGCAUAUAAAGAUUAUUAGACGUUCAUAACAGUUACAAAAAAUAUUGUAUAGAAAUAUACUUUUCCAAAACACCCUCUGAAUGUCACCCCUUAGCACACGUACAUAAUUUUUUAAUUAGGAAUACAGCCCAUUGACUCAAUGAUUCAUGAAAUUUACACACGAACAUUUAAAAAACAAUUUAAUAAUCGUAAAAAUUUGAUAAUUGUUGUAAGCUCUCGUGAAUUCCAUAGGCGUGCGAAUUUACCUCCCCUCUCUCUUUGGGUAAAAUGUAAAAAAAAUAUAUACGCGAAUAUUCCAAUGAUUCUUAAUCAAUUUAACUGAUGAAUAUAUAUUUCUCCUACGACUCCACGUUUUUUUAUUGACAUAUAAUAUAAUCUCUGUGUUGCAUUUAUCGUUUUCCACUCGUUACUAGGCGUUGAAAAAAAACAUCAACAUAAAUCACAAUGAUAUUUCUUUAUAAUCAGUAUUAACAACAAAUUAAUAAUAAUAAUAAACAAAUAAGAAAAAAAAAUACAAUUCAGUAUUUGAGUGGAGUAAAAAGAUGUCUGUGUACUUGAGUGCGGAGGAAUUUCGAGUAAAACUUAAUGAAGAUUAAUUAAUUAACUACCCCGAUGAAGGUGAAUCGAGUCAGUGGAUAGUUUUGGGUGAAACAUCCCCAAUAAUAUCCAGUAACUUCCUCUUUCUACUCCACUCAAUCACAGAAUUGAUCUUAUAAACAAUGUCAAACACGUAAUAAUGAUUCGAUCAAUAUUUUAGUGAUGAAAUCAAGUCAAUAGUUAUACCAAUAAUUCAUAGAAUCUUAAGGUACUUGUUAGCAUAAUAAUUAACCACUCACAGAUAUUAAUUCUCACCAUUAUGACACAUUAACUCUUGGGAAAUACCUGUCCCAGAAAUUUAGCAUUUGAAUUUUCACAUCAAUCUCAAAGGAUUGUUACGAAUUAUUUAUUCAGUUACAUGUUUUUUAAAUUUGUUCUCUGCAAAAAGUGUUCUAAAAAAAUUCAACAUUUUUAUUUCCAUUCAGAAGGACCUCUGAAUGAAAAAAUAAAUCAUCUCAAGAAACAUUUUCCUACCUUCAAAGGCACCUGGCACGAUGAUAAAAUUUUCAACCCCCUGACAUCAUCACUCACUCGAUUUUAAAAAAAUGUGAUAAGAAUUUGUCGCGCUAUUUUCAGUAACUCGCGCCCGUCUCGACUUAAACAUAAAGCAUUUCCACAAUUUUAAAUUACAAAGCGGGCGACAUUAAUCAAUAAUCGACUCCCCGAAUAAAAAUUUUCAUUUAUAUCUUUUAACACCUCUAAUAAUCGCGGAAAAUUAAUCCAAUCAGUUACGAACUAACAAAUUCCGAUUGCAUUGGACCUGGGGAAUGAUUCCCCCGACUGUUCCUCACCCAUCGAAUCUCAUUCAGAAAUAAAAAUAAUUACACUUUAUCUACAUGAGAAAUGUUCCCUGAUCGAAGCAACUGGGAUUUAUGUAGCUGAGGAGGUCGUGCUCAGACAUGGAGGUAAGCUCCUGAGGCAGCAUUCCUCCAGCAUCUUCAGGCUUCUUCACGACUCCAGGCACUUGGCCAUUAGUCGCAGUAACCUGCACCUGCAUCGGUGUCUCUCCAUUCUGCAUUGUUGGAGGGACUGGGAUGGCCUCUGGUGACUUCCUGGCGACUUGUUCAACCAUGGCUGGUGCAUUGGAGGGUGACUGAGGUAGAAUACCCUCCAUCGCACUGUUCAUCAACUGGGCACUCUGAGUGGCCACUGAGUUCAUUAUAUUUUUCGUUGCGAUUAUUGCGUGGGCAGUUGUUGUUGUUAUUGGUCGAUUAUUGAUGAUGUCCUGUGUAGCAUUAGUAAUAACAUUACUAAUAGCCUGCUCAGCAGCAUUAGUCAGUCUCUGUUGAUUGGGUUCCUGUGCAGCACCACUGGCUAGUGCUGAACUAGCCUCAGCAACAAAACCAGCGGGCUGAUUCAACAUCGAGCCAAUGUCAUUCUGCACAGCUUGCUUCAUCACCUGUGCAGCUUGUGCAUGUCCAAUGGCCUUCUGGACAACCUGCACCUGCUUUAUGACACCCUCAGUGGUCUCCUUCACUGCACGUUUCACCACUGAAGCUGUUUGCUGCUUCACAACCUCCUCAACAUGAGGUACAGCCUGAACAUGCCUGGCAGCGUGAACCUGCUUCAUUGCCUCACGUACCACCUGGGUGCACUCCACCACCUGUCGUACCACUUGAUUUUGGGCCUCGUGAACAGUAUUGGCUGCUUGCUGUUGGACCUGAGCCACAACUUCUUCCACCUGCUUCUGGGCUUCAGCAAAAACCUGCUCGACCUGCUGCUGAACGACUACUUCUUGGGGCGUCAGGGUCUGGAUCUGGGGGAGGGGUUCAUUGGUCACUUGGAGAGGAUUGUGAGAGGCUAUUGCUACUGUUGCAUUUGAUAUUCCAGCUGCUGUCACUAUUGGUGUCUCCAUAGCUGGAUGCAAGGCAUUGAUCGUUGUCAGCAGGGUCUCUUCAGGGCUUGGCUCUGGUGCUGGGGUCACUGGAGACACUGAAGACGUCACCAUUGGUGUUGGCAGCAGGGCCUCGAGGAGCAUCGUCUUCACUGGAAUUGGGGGACUUGUGCGAGUGGCCUCCACUUCAGGUAUCAGAGUCGUUGGGGGACUUGGAGUUGUUUGCAUCGGGGUCUGGUGGGAGUCAACCACAGAAUUUACCAGCUCGUCCAGCUUGGCCGCUUGAUUCGCCAGGAUUGUAGCUGCUUCCGACUGCUGGCGAGCGUUUGCUAUUAUUGUUGCACGCUGCUGCAUUGUCUCGGCGAAGGUGGGCUCCGUGCACAGCUGCGUCAUGGCUCCCAUCUCCGGCUCAGUCGCUUCUGGCUCUUUGUUUUGAGUGACAGAAGUCUCAAUCUGAUUCAGAUACUUGGCAAUACACUGACUGGACUGAUUGGGCAGUGCCUGAUCAGCAGGUGUUGACGUGAACGUGUUCAACGUAUCAUACUCAUGCUGCUUCAUCCUGAGAUCCACAACGCUGGUCCCCUGGGUGGUCGCCUCCUGUGGCAUGAUCGACGAGGCCUCCUUGUUGAUGUGAUGAGGACUGAGAACCUUGACCUGCGUGGCCUCGUGAAUGGGGAAUGAUCCCCCAGCGAGGGACAUCGGGUGCUGAUGAUGAAUGAGAUCCACCCCCAGAAGCCCCACCUCCUGAGCUGGAUGGAGCAGCCCUGGUUGAGAAGCUUCUCUCGAGUUCUCUGAGACGAGUGCAUGAAGGGGACUCGUGCUGGUCCCAUUGGAUGGUGGUGUAUUGUUCCCCUGGAGGCUAUUGUCGGAUAGCAUACUAUUCUCCGAAGUAUCGUCAAGAAUUUCUGACUUGAGAUUGUCAGGGAGAAUCAGCUGAUGAUUGGAGGAUGAUCUUCUGGACAAGAGGGGAUUCGAUACGAGAUUUGGGGGUGGCAUCAUGACAUCGCUGGAGGUGCAACCAUUGGCCUGGGCUGCCCACAUCAUGAUGGGAGUUGCUCCUGUUGGUGGAGGACUUGGAUCGUUCUUGAGAACGUCCUGGGACUGUUGAAGAGGAGACUGCUGUGGAUUGGUGAUCUGGGGAGUGAGGAAGGUGGAGGGAAUACCAGAUGGAGAAAUUGCUGUGCUUGGAGCUAUUGGAGAAAUUGGCACUGAUGGAGAGUUUGAUUCGGUCGAGGUGACCAGGGACGUCGAGGACGUCUCGAUCUUACCGAUCGUUGGCUCUGGAGGGGAGGAGAUCGAUGUGUAGAAGAAGGUGUGGGGCUCGCUUGUUUUUCCCGAAGAAACAGCGUACAAUUUAACGCAGACUUUUUCGGAUGGGGUAAGGUCUUGUCUUCUGUAUGGGGGUACAACGCACACCAGGUGCGUUUGCUGGAGAAAUUCUUUAUCUGGAGUGACUGAACACUCCCAGUGAGGCUCGAGGGACGAGGUGAGAUCCUCAUUAUCCAAUUGGAAGACCAUUCGCGUAUCCUUGAGGAAGUUUUUACCCAGAAUGAAGAGCUCUAGACCUCCCGUGCAGGGACAGGCGGUCAGAGAUUUUUUGGAGAUCUCAGGAAUUCCUGGGGGUUGGGUGCAAACAAUAGGCUGUGAACAUACUUGGAGAGUUUCACUGCUGCCAUCAGAAUGUGUUAUUGUCGUACGAAAUACCAUUCGACACUUGGUGGAUUUCUUCUUGCUCCUGCCCUGAAGCAUCCCAGCCUCCUGAGGAAAUCUGUGCUCCACAUCGACAUUACGUUCUUUCAAAAUUCCCACACAGUCACAGGUGACCAACAUGUCCUUUGCAGGGUCCAUGUCCACCUCAAUGACGAUUGUUCCAUCGAUCUUACGUUCAAUGCACGGAGUGGAGUUCUUACCACUGACUCUGCAGGCCUGGUAGAACAUGUGGGGCGCCACACGACCGAGGUCAGUGCCAAUGAACACCUGGAGUGUUGCUGGCUUAUCGUAGCCGACUAAACGAACAAUGGGAAAGCCAUUCCCAGUUCUGUCCUUCACAGCCCCACGAGAGCCUUCUGUUUGAUACCGGGCUCUGUGCUGCUGCUCUGGCUGACAAAUAAUCUGGAGCUGCACCUUUCCGUCUCGGGAUACACUAGCUGAAGAUAAAAAAAUAUCAUUAACGAAAGAGACUCGAUGUCUCAGGGUUUGACUGAGGGAUGAAUUCAUUCUUGAAACGUGUCAUUAAUUAAGAGCUAAUUAAGAGAUUGUUUUCUUCAAUUAUUAAGGAUGCUGAAUGAAAUUGAAAUGAAAUAGAAAAAAUAGCAAAUUGUUAACUAAAAAAAAUCUA